AUGGUUGUCUUGUCCAUUACGAAGGUGAAGGAGGUGACGGCGCGUGCGUUCGAGGAGCUGCAGCUUCCAGUGGGAGCGUCAGAGGAGCAGGUUGUCUCGCGGUUUCGUACAGUGUGUUUAAAUCGGGUUUUAAAUCCUGUGUCAACGGAGCCCAGCGAUUCUGUAGUCCCCAAUGACUCCGCUACCAAGAUCCAUACUAUUGACAACACAGACGAGGGUUUCCAGCGUCAAGCAGUGGCGUUUCGCUUCUUGAGUUCAUUACCGCUGCUUGCUGGCGUCGAGUAUCGAGCUGAAGAUCUGCUCCCGACGUUACGGCCACUCGAUCCCGAAGUUAACGAUAACGAGACCAAGUUACGUGCAAGUGCCAUGUUGGACGUCAGUAUCGCAUCAAUGGAGCGAGCUCAACAAGCAGGGCGACUUCCCUAUACAAACUUCGUACUACGAGUACACUACUGUCUUCGUCGACAUGUAGUACGUCGUAGAUACAGUGAGUUCCUAACACUGCAUUCCUUACUGGAAACCAAACUACCGGUGAUCCCUCAAUUACCGGAACGUAACUGGGUCUACGCGCUACGAACGCCCCCAGCUGAACGCGCUCGUAGACUAACCAGCUACUUGCAAAGAAUUAUAACGCUGUUAUCUGCUCGUGGGGUUUUCUCACUCGAAGUGAUGGCAUUUCUCGAGAUCGACGUGACUCGAGUUCGUGCUGAAGAAGAAGCUUUAGCUGUCGAUAUACUCUCUCGAGCAAGUAGAAGCGAGAAUAUCUAUUAUAUUGUACAGAGUAGCUGGAUAUCGUCGUGGAAGCGGUUCGUUGUGACGCACAAACUCCCUCCUGGAGUCAUCACCAACCAGAAUCUACUGGAAAAUCGUCGUCCGAAAGAAAAUCUCAUUGCGGCUAAGCACUACAGAUGUGUGAACGGUAGCACGUGGAGGUAUUGGCAUCUUAUCUACAGUGGCGGGCCUGCUAUUCGUCGACAAACUCCGUCCAUUUACGGUCCACCAGCGUGUGAUCUGACCACGUUAGCCACUCUAGUUCAGCGUCUUGUACGUGGCUUUCUAGCCAGGAGAGCCAUGCAACGAAUGAAGACACAACAACAGCUGGAAGACCCGACAACGUGUCAAACCGUAGCGUUUAAAACACGUUAUCGCGCAUUAGAAGCUCGCCUUAACAUCGUGCGUCAGUACGUGGAAGUACGCGAGUUCCAGACGCGUCACGUGGCUGCUAUGAAGAUACAACGAGCCUUUCGAGUGUAUCUGCUACGUGCUGAACAUGCGUUGCUACUGGCAGAGUCUGCAGUACCCGAUAGCGCCACAACUCAAGCACUUCAGCUCUACGAUGACCGACUGGCACUUGAGGAACUAGCAUUAGUGGAGGACCCUGCACUACGUCUGGCCCAUUUCCUGGCGACAAUGUUGGCUGGUGUACCGCUACGCAAACUCCGUUCGAGGAAUAAAACUCCAGCCUGGAGACUCUUUCGACUGGAUUCGAUCGCUUCCGAGCUGCGUUGGAGCUCGUCUACGUCCACGAAAACCAACGCGAUGGCCUUUACAGACGUUGAAAAGCUGACAAUGGAGUCGCCUUUGGCACUAAAAGGACCGAGUUUGGCUCGUCGUAUGAGCUUAUCUAUGGGAACCGAAGAUGUAGUGGGGGAUGCGGCUUAUGCUGUAGUUGCGACGUAUCGAGAAGGCGGCGGUAUACGUGAGUUGAUGCUAAUUUGUGAGGCACCUGGAGAGAUGGAGGUGCUCUACUUUGGCCUGAGUGCUCUAGUCUCCGAGGUUUCGUCACGUACAGCUAAUGGUGCCACGUUUGUGGACGGCCACGGUAUUAUCCGUAAGCGUGUGCCACACGCUAAGAAGCUCCUACAGGAGGCGCAUGAAUUACUCGAACAAUGUCAGGAUAAGAGGGAGACUUAAGAGAACUAAUCCUGUUUUUUAUGCUGUCUUAUCCUGGA